AAAUAAGGUCUUGUUUGCAAGAUGAGGUAAUCCAACCCAGUUGGCAGGAGUUUCCAAAUCUGACAGCAGAAGUAAGUGGAUAUACGACUACAGGAUGAAUAAUUUAUUGGUCUGGUGAGAAAACUGCGUCAUUUGAACGUUUUGGCUAAUUUCUCCACUCUUGAGCUUUUGGACUUCACACGAAACUGCUUCCCACUCAGUUCCAUUAUGGCGGACGUGGAGGAGACUGAGUUUUCUCUCAUGAGCCUGGAGGACGAGCUGACCUGCAGCAUCUGUCUGAGCACCUUUGACUGCCCGGUCACCAUCCCCUGUGGACACAACUUCUGCCAGGACUGCCUGCUCUCCUCCUGGACCGACUCCUACAGCUGCCCCCAGUGUCGGACCCUGUUUGAAACCAGGCCGGAGUUGAAGAAGAACACGGUCCUCAGCACCGUGGUGGAGACCUUCAGGGUGAGGUCCAGCAAGAGCGAAGGUGGCCUGUUUGAAGAGGAGGAAAAGACGAAGAAUGUGGUCCGCUGUGACACCUGUAUGGAGGCGGACGCGGCCCAGACCUGUCUCACCUGCAUGGCCUCCUUCUGCGAGGAACACCUGCGGCCUCACCGGGAGAACCCCAUCUUUCGCCCCCACCAGCUGACCGAUCCCGUCGGGGAUUUGUCAGAGCACAUCUGCACCGACCACCACAAGCUGAUGGAGCACUUCUGCACCGACCACGGCCGCCUGAUCUGCAGCGUCUGCCUGCAGCAGGUCCAUAAAGGCUGCUCCUUCAUGUCACCAGAGGAACAAAGGCACCUGAAAGAGUCUGAAUUUAGAGACAAGUUGGGUAUACUGGACUUAAAGAUUAACAGGACUGAUACCAUCGUGCUUCAGAUGAACGAGCUGCAGGACAAGCUCAAGGAAGCGGCAAGCAAGAGGAAGAUGGCGCUGGUUGCUGUGUACCAGCAGAUAAGGGAGAUGCUGGCUCAGGAUGAACGUGUUGCCCAGCAUGAGGUGGACUGUGAGCUGGAGGCUGGUCAGGCCAAACUUCGUGACCUCACAAAAAAAUUCAACGACAACAGUGAGAGGAUGAAGACAGCCAGAGAGGAGAUUGACAAUCUGCUGAGUCAGGCGCAAACACCAGCCUUUCUCCAGUCUUCUUUUGAGUUGCCUAAGGUGGUUAAGUUUGACCCCCAUCCCCCUCGAAUUAACCUGGACUCAAAAAGGGUGAUGGCAACACAGAGCUUUGCUGCUACCCUGCAGGAGAGCCUGAUGAUGCUCUUCACUCAGCCUUUUGAGGCCAGAGUGCCGCUGCUUAAACCAGAACCGAACACUGGCUCUACGGCAUCUGCACAAGCAGAAGCUUCUUUCUCAGGAACUGCAUCCUGGUUCGAGUCUCCAGCCCAAAAGCCCCCAGAGCAGAGACCUCCAUUCAGGUCCCAUAGUCCAGGUCGUCCACCUAUCCAGACAGUCUACCAACCGGUCCAUAUUCCCGUUUACAUACAGGCAAAGCAAACAUGGCAUCCACAACAGAUUCAGUCGUCCGGUUUUUCCAGGCCUCCGUUCUUCCCCGGACAGAAGCCACACAAGAAGCCUGAUGGUGGCCACCAACCCUCUCACAAGCAAGGCCAGAAGCCACCAAGUCCACAAGGAGGACAGAAGCCUGGUGGGAAGGGACCCGAUUCUGCUAAGAAAGACAAGCCAAAAAGCCAUCCGCCAUCAGGGAAAUCGGCCAGGCAAAACCCACAUCCUAAAAAAAAAUAAGUAGGAGCUUUGAGGGUCCGGGUUUAUCAGCAGUCCUGGCACACAUAGAGGGACUGCAAGAGCCACGCACAAUGAAAAUGUUGAUUAAUUGAUGGAUGAAACUGUUUGAAGUUUUGCUUUGGGUAUUACAAAUUUUACAUGUCUGCGGUCAUUCAGGCUGUGAGAGCAGAGGACAGGAAGGCCAUUUUGUUCUUCUGGGUUUUCAACCUUGACAGAAUGUUAAACAUUGUUUAUCUUCAUAAAUGUCCACUUUGCACUGUAGUUGAUGUACUAAUCAUAGAUAUAUGUAAUUUUCUUCCCUGAUUAAAUCUAAAUGAUAAGUAGCCUAGUGAGGAAAUAGACAAUUAAGGGGUCAUUUAGCACUGCUGUGAUUAACACCACCUGUAUAAUUAUGUAAUUUAUUGGAGAAUGGCUGUUUAUAGCUCUGUUGUCUUAGCUUCUCCCCUCCCUUGCAGAAUUAAAUGAAAACACAGACACACCUUGCUUAUGUAUGAAAAUAUUUAUGGGAAUGUCUUCAGAUUCCAAACUUCACCUCUCUAUAUUCAUUUCAACCAAAAUUGGUUCCUGUCACAUUUUGCAAACGAACAUGUUUUUUUUUUUUUUUAUAUAUGAUUGUUGGCAUUAAAGGCUUGUAUUCCCCUAAA